AUGGCGUUGACUGUGACUCGUUCUGCCUUUGACACAAAAACGGGGUUGCGUGUGGCUGUAAAGAAGCUGUCCCGACCAUUUCAGUCUAUCAUCCAUGCCAAAAGGACCUACCGAGAGCUACGGCUACUUAAGCACAUGAAACACGAAAAUGUGAUUGGUUUGUUGGAUGUGUUCACCCCUGCCAAGUCACUAGAAGAAUUCAAUGAUGUGUACUUGGUGACACACCUUAUGGGAGCAGAUCUGAACAACAUUGUGAAAUGCCAGAAACUCACAGAUGACCACGUGCAGUUCCUUAUAUACCAAAUUCUUCGAGGACUGAAGUACAUCCAUUCAGCUGACAUAAUACACAGGGAUUUAAAACCUAGUAACCUAGCUGUAAAUGAAGACUGUGAGCUAAAGAUCCUGGAUUUUGGCUUGGCCCGACACACAGAUGAUGAGAUGACCGGGUAUGUGGCUACCCGGUGGUACAGGGCUCCUGAGAUCAUGCUGAACUGGAUGCAUUACAACCAGACAGUUGAUAUUUGGUCAGUGGGAUGCAUUAUGGCUGAACUGUUGACUGGAAGAACAUUGUUCCCUGGUACAGACCAUAUUAACCAGCUUCAGCAGAUCAUGCGUCUGACGGGAACACCCCCUGCAUAUCUCAUUAACAGGAUGCCCAGCCAUGAGGCAAGAAACUACAUUCAGUCUUUGUCUUACAUGCCGAAAAUGAACUUUGAAAAUGUGUUUAUUGGUGCCAAUCCACUAGCUGUGGACUUGCUAGAGAAGAUGUUGGUACUGGAUACAGACAAACGAAUUACUGCAGCAGAAGCGUUGGCUCAUGCCUACUUUGCUCAGUAUCAUGACCCAGAUGAUGAACCAGUGGCAGACCCCUAUGACCAGUCUUUUGAAAGCAGAGAACUUGAGAUUGAAGAAUGGAAAAGCCUGACUUAUGAUGAAGUAAUCAGCUUUGUGCCACCACCGCUUGACCAAGAGGAGAUGGAGUCCUGAGAAACUGCUCUCUUCUGUUCGUCCCACUUCACUGUGAGGGGAAGGCCUUUUCAUAGGGACUCUCCGAUCAUUGUUCAAGUGCCUCGUCGUCCUAACAAUAUUCUCCUUGGUGGAGGGGGUUUGUGUGUGUUGAAUUGGGGUGGGUGGGGGGAGGGAAAAAAGUUGAGUCUAUGUAAACAUGCUGCAUGCUCUCUUGUAUUCUGUGUACAGCCUGGGGCAAGCCCCUGAAGACCUGUUCUGACUGCUCUUUAGUCCUUACAGAGUAACAGUGCUCAACCAGUUUGCACUGCUGGGGCAAGGUGGGGAAGCUGACGUUUAAAGUUUGGUUACAAUCAUUGCCAUUUAUCAAUUCUUCUACAGUUAAGUAACCUCAAAAUAACGGAAGUUGUUUUAUAGGCUUAGAGAGUCCUCUGUUUUCUUCAGGACUGAAGGUGGGGUUGAGGGAUG